ACGUGUGACACGGUUUCGACUGGGCUUAAUUCAUUUCCACAAAUUGCUGUUUCGAAAACUUUUCCCUCCAUUCACCUCUAUAUACCAUUUCUAUUAAAAACUACCAAAAAACAUUCUUGUCUUAUUGACUUUUUGUUGUAUUUCACAGGGAACAAAAUGUUGCCGCGCGGUGUUGGCGUUGUAAUAAUAGCAUCAAUGGUUCAUCGAGACCCUCGAUACUGGCCUGAUCCGGAAGUAUUCAAACCGGAACGCUUCAUUGAUAACGAACUCAAGCACCCAUAUUCGUAUAUACCAUUUAGUGCUGGAGCGAGAAAUUGCAUAGGACAACGAUUUGCUCUGAUGGAAGAAAAAUGCAUCCUGUCACUUCUGAUGCGACAUUUGAAGGUUAAGUCAAAGCUGCGCACCGAUCAAAUGCGCGUUUCAGCAGAGCUCGUGAUCCGACCCAUGUAUGGCAACAAUAUACGCUUCGAACGACGCACAUUCGGCGACUAUUCUCAAAUUUCGUAA